GGAAAGGCCAGUUCCCUGAUCCCUCCCCUCGCCUCUUGUCUCUGGAUGCACAGUUUCUGAGCUCUCAGAUGAUUCUGUUUCAAGCUGAGCCCAGCAGUCUGCACUCAGGAACCGAACAUGAAAUCACUACUGGCCAUCACACUUUCACUUCUCUUGAUACUUCAGUCUUUCCAACAAGUGUCUGGUGCUAUACCCAAAGAAUGGGAAAGAAGCAAUGAGGCAAUUGAAGACAAUGAAACACAGCCAUCUAGUCUGGAAACCACUGAUCAACCAAUGGGAGGAAGUAUGGAAGACACAAUAAGCAUUGAAGACACACAACCCUUCCCAAGCAGUUCAGAAAAUGAAGACCAACCAAUUGACCAAUUUUUAAGCGGAGGGGAAUCCCAGGAGCAGAAUUCCACACAACUGGAUCAGAACCUGGAUCAGUCUAGUAAUGAGACAGAGGAAGGCAGUUCUGAAGGUCUGGUUUUUACACCACCGCCUUCUUUGAUCCCAUUUAACUCAAGCACUGAGAUGUCAAAUACAACAGCAGAAUCCAAUGAAACGCUCAACGCAAAUACAUCUGCUCCUAAUAGCACAAAUAUCACCCCAAAACCUGAGAAUAUCACCACUGAGAGCAACUUCGAGAAAUCGGGUUCUGAAAAUUUGACCACUAACAGCACUACUGAAAGUCCAGCCACCACAACAGAAGAGGUCAGCAUCCAGAACAAAACUACAGAAAGUCCAACUGAAGCUCCAACUGAAGUCCCUGAAAACGCCACAACACCCGUCCUGGACAAUAAGAAUAUUGAAGCAAACCUGACUAUUGACACCAGAGAGAGUUCUGAAAGAGGUUCAUCCUCAGAUACAGUUACGGAAGUUUCCAAGAACAAGAAUGGGCAGGCAUGGGCUGUUGUCCUUAUCCUUGGCGUCAUAGUGGGAGUCAUUGCUUUGGGAGCUUUUAUCUUCCUGAAUCGCAAGAACAGAAGAGACUUCUCACACAGCAAACUGGUGGAAGAGACGUCACCUGAUCCAGUUCUCCGACUGGAUAACAGUGAGCCACUUGACCUGAAGUAUGAUGGAUUUGGAUACUACAAUCCAGGACUACAAGGGGACAACAUCCAGAUGACCAACUUUCCACAGGGACGUUCAAAAUGAGAACAUCCCUGUCUGUGAUGCCAAAGACACUUUAUUUAAUGUUGAACCCAUGUGAAGACAGAAAGGAUGUAAUUAAGGAGUGAUUGUCAUUUUUAAGUGAUUUGCCAAAUCAAUCACAAGGCAAUUUUACAUAGCUGAAAAAUCAACACAAGUUUUAAACUAUAAGUAGUGCAUUUUCUUUGGAUGCAAUAGGCUUUAGAAACUGAAAUUUCUGUGUACUUGGCAGAUUUGUUGAAAUUGCAAAGUAUUGGACUGUAUUUCUAUUUUUCCUGCUUAUCACAUGAAGAAUUGUUGUUUCAUGUGAAACUCUGAAUGUUUCUCUCGAAUUUUCUAAAUGUCAGUAUGCAAGAUAGUGUGAAAUAAGCAGCAUUAUGUGAAAUAAUCAGCAACUCCUCUAUACACCAAUGUUUUACUCUAGAAGAAAAUGUCAGUGAAGUGGUGGAAGAUUGGCUGUUUGACAUGUCGAGUUUUCUGGCCUAAUAAUUCUCUUCUGAGCCUAUAAUUUAUGAAGACGUUUUUAGUUUACAAGACCUUGAUGUUAAAAACUUGAUAGAGAAUUAACACGAUGGGUUCUCAGAUUAUUAUAAAUAAUAACAUGUUAAAACUAGAUUUGUCUCUGUAAAACAGUAUGUUAUUUAAAGUAUUGGAAGAUUGUUGUUAUUGGUGAAAGGCAAUAUGGAAACAGUUCAUUUGACUAAUAUUAAUAAUAUAUCAUAUGCUGAUGCUGCCUAUGUAUAUACUGGACAGAACUGUGUAAAAUAACAGAGUAAAAGUCACAAAAAAAUUAAGAUUCACUCACCAUUUACUCACCCUCAAGUGCAAUAGUCUCAAACUCAAUUCCUGGAGGGCCACACCUCUGCAUAGUUUAGCUCCAACCACCUCUAUCUCACCUUAAUAGUCAAUAGUAGCCUUGAUCACCUUGAUUAUUUGAAUCAGCUGUUUGAUUUCGGUUAGAGGAAAACUGCAGCACUUCAGCCCUCCAGGAUUCGAGUUUGAAACCUACUGUAUGCCCAAGUGGUUCCAAACGUUUAUGAGUACAAAAGUUAAAGAUGUUCAAAAAAUAUGCCUACUGGUUUAUACCAUUCCUAAAAUUCAAUCCAGUUUGAAACAAGUGGAGGUUGAAGUACCUGACAAAAGUUUAAUUUUUGGAUGAACUAUCCCCUCAAUAUACCUAUAACCAUAUUUUACAAACCAGUUGUAAAUGUUUUAUUGCACGCGUAUGAUAUGUUGCCAUCUGAUACCAUUAAAUAUGGAAUGUUUCUUCAAAUAAUUUAAUACAAUAAAAGUGUCUGUGUGAUAUUUUAUUUAUAUUAAA